GGACUUGAUUUGCCAAAUUCCCCAUGUGAUACAAGCGUGGCCACCUGCCAAAGAGCCAGAGGGAGAGAGGGCCACUCGCCUUCCUGGUGACACAGAGAUUUCCUAGCCCCGUUACCAAACGAAAAAAACAACGCAAGGGCUUCUAAGAAGCCAUCCCAAUGACCUUUUGGCUUUGAGAAGAGCAGUCCUCAUACCAGAGGGUUUGGGGUUUUGGCCUCUUUCAGUGUUUAUUCAUUCUUACAUGGGAAAGUUGUAUUCUGAGGUUUCUGUGGUGCAUGAAGCUUUUGCCUUCACCAUCUGUUCCCGUGUCUUCCUCGGGUGACAUCAGAGUACAGCAGUAUUUUCCCUUGCCAUCUAAUGGGGUUUGGGCUGUUUGACUCAACCGUGUGUGUUCCUCAAUGCCAGGGGAAUAAUCCUACCCUAAGUCAGCUGAACAGAAGCCAGGAUCUAACUGCAAACAAGAGACCCAGCUUGCUUAACAGCAUGGAAGAGACCAGUUUCGUUGCAGCUACCUGGGAAGACGGUUGCUAAUUAGCCUGCAACAAAGAGUUCCUUGCUCAUCUAAAAGAGGCAAUCACUGUUCAGGCUGGGAUGUUACAAUCUCAUUGAAGAUUAUAAUUCUGGAGUCAAAUUAGCUGAAGACUUUCCUGCUUAAAAAGUUUUCCAGCAUGUGAUACAUGCGUGAAGCUUUGUUCUAAGAAUAUUUGUUUCAUCUAGUUUAUGAGUCCAAAUGAUAUAGACUCUAAAUGUCACAGCAGUGGUGAAAGACUGCUCGGUCAUGAGCACCGACAGUAACUCACUGGCACGUGAAUUUCUGACCGAUGUCAACCGGCUUUGCAAUGCAGUGGUCCAGAGGGUGGAGGCCAGGGAGGAAGAAGAGGAGGAGACGCACAUGGCAACCCUUGGACAGUACCUUGUCCAUGGUCGAGGAUUUCUAUUACUUACCAAGCUAAAUUCUAUAAUUGAUCAGGCAUUGACAUGUAGAGAAGAACUCCUGACUCUUCUUCUGUCUCUCCUUCCACUGGUAUGGAAGAUACCUGUGCAAGAAGAAAAGGCAACAGAUUUUAACCUACCGCUCUCAGCAGAUAUAAUCCUGACCAAAGAAAAGAACUCAAGUUCACAAAGAUCCACUCAGGAAAAAUUACAGUUAGAAGGAAGUGCCCUGUCUAGUCAGGUUUCUGCAAAAGUAAAUGUUUUUCGAAAAAGCAGACGACAGCGUAAAAUUACCCAUCGCUAUUCUGUAAGAGAUGCAAGAAAGACACAGCUCUCCACCUCAGAUUCAGAAGCCAAUUCAGAUGAAAAAGGCAUAGCAAUGAAUAAGCAUAGAAGGCCCCAUCUGCUGCAGCAUUUUGUAACAUCGUUUCCUAAACAAGACCACCCUAAAGCUAAACUUGACCGCUUAGCAACCAAAGAAGAACAGACUCCUCCAGAUGCUAUGGCUUUGGAAAAUUCCAGAGAGAUUAUUCCAAGACAGGGGUCAAACACUGACACUUUAAGUGAGCCAGCUGCCUUGUCUGUUAUCAGUAACAUGAACAAUUCUCCGUUUGACUUAUGUCAUGUUUUGUUAUCUUUAUUAGAAAAAGUUUGUAAGUUUGACGUUACCUUGAAUCAUAAUUCUCCUUUAGCAGCCAGUGUAGUGCCCACACUAACUGAAUUCCUAGCAGGCUUUGGGGACUGCUGCAGUCUGAGCGACAACUUGGAGAGUCGAGUAGUUUCUGCAGGUUGGACCGAAGAACCGGUGGCUUUGAUUCAAAGGAUGCUCUUUCGAACAGUGUUGCAUCUUCUGUCAGUAGACGUUAGUACUGCAGAGAUGAUGCCAGAAAAUCUUAGGAAAAAUUUAACUGAAUUGCUUAGAGCAGCUUUAAAAAUUAGAAUAUGCCUAGAAAAGCAGCCUGACCCUUUUGCACCAAGACAAAAGAAAACACUGCAGGAGGUUCAGGAAGAUUUUGUGUUUUCAAAGUAUCGUCAUAGAGCCCUUCUUUUACCUGAGCUUUUGGAAGGAGUUCUUCAGAUUCUGAUCUGUUGUCUUCAAAGUGCAGCUUCAAAUCCGUUCUACUUCAGUCAAGCCAUGGAUUUGGUUCAAGAAUUCAUUCAGCAUCAUGGAUUUAAUUUAUUUGAAACAGCAGUUCUUCAAAUGGAAUGGCUGGUUUUAAGAGAUGGAGUUCCUCCCGAGGCCUCAGAGCAUUUGAAAGCCCUAAUAAAUAGUGUGAUGAAAAUAAUGAGCACUGUCAAAAAAGUGAAAUCAGAGCAACUUCAUCAUUCGAUGUGUACAAGAAAAAGGCACAGACGAUGUGAAUAUUCUCAUUUUAUGCAUCAUCACCGAGAUCUCUCAGGUCUUCUGGUUUCGGCUUUUAAAAACCAGGUUUCCAAAAACCCAUUUGAAGAGACUGCAGAUGGAGAUGUUUAUUAUCCUGAGCGGUGCUGUUGCAUUGCAGUGUGUGCCCAUCAGUGCUUGCGCUUACUACAGCAGGCUUCCUUGAGCAGCACUUGUGUCCAGAUCCUAUUGGGUGUUCAUAACAUUGGAAUAUGCUGUUGUAUGGAUCCCAAAUCUGUAAUCACUCCUUUGCUCCAUGCUUUUAAAUUGCCAGCACUGAAAAAUUUUCAGCAGCAUAUAUUGAAUAUCCUUAACAAACUUAUUUUGGAUCAGUUAGGAGGAGCAGAGAUAUCACCAAAAAUUAAAAAAGCAGCUUGUAAUAUUUGUACUGUUGACUCUGACCAACUAGCCCAAUUAGAAGAGACACUGCAGGGAAACUUAUGUGAUGCUGAACUCUCCUCAAGUUUAUCCAGUCCUUCUUACAGAUUUCAAGGGAUCCUGCCCAGCAGUGGAUCUGAAGAUUUGUUGUGGAAAUGGGAUGCUUUAAAGGCUUAUCAGAACUUUGUUUUUGAAGAAGACAGAUUACAUAGUAUACAGAUUGCAAAUCACAUUUGCAAUUUAAUCCAGAAAGGCAAUAUAGUUGUUCAGUGGAAACUAUAUAAUUACAUAUUUAAUCCUGUGCUCCAAAGAGGAGUUGAAUUAGCACAUCAUUGUCAACACCUAAGCGUUACUUCAGCUCAAAGUCAUGUAUGUAGCCAUCAUAACCAGUGCUUGCCUCAGGACGUGCUUCAGAUUUAUGUAAAAACUCUGCCUAUCCUGCUUAAAUCCAGGGUAAUAAGAGAUUUGUUUUUGAGUUGUAAUGGAGUAAGUCAAAUAAUCGAAUUAAAUUACUUAAAUGGUAUUCGAAGUCAUUCUCUAAAAGCAUUUGAAACUCUGAUAGUCAGCCUAGGGGAGCAACAGAAAGAUGCCUCAGUUCCAGGUAUUGAUGGGAUAGACAUUGAACAGAAGGAGUUGUCCUCUGUACAUGUGGGUACUUCUUUUCAUCAUCAGCAAGCUUAUUCAGAUUCUCCUCAGAGUCUCAGCAAAUUUUAUGCUGGCCUCAAAGAAGCUUAUCCAAAGAGACGGAAGACUGUUAACCAAGAUGUUCAUAUCAACACAAUAAACCUAUUCCUCUGUGUGGCUUUUUUAUGUGUAAGUAAAGAAGCAGAGUCUGACAGGGAGUCGGCCAAUGACUCAGAAGAUACUUCUGGCUAUGACAGCACAGCCAGCGAGCCUUUAAGUCAUAUGCUGCCAUGUAUAUCUCUCGAGAGCCUUGUCUUGCCUUCUCCUGAACAUAUGCACCAAGCAGCAGACAUUUGGUCUAUGUGUCGUUGGAUCUACAUGUUGAGUUCAGUCUUCCAGAAACAGUUUUAUAGGCUUGGUGGUUUCCGAGUAUGCCAUAAGUUAAUAUUUAUGAUAAUACAGAAACUGUUCAGAAGUCACAAAGAGGAGCAAGGAAAAAAGGAGGGAGAUACAAAUGUAAAUGAAAACCAGGAUUUAAACAGAAUUUCUCAACCUAAGAGAACUAUGAAGGAAGAUUUAUUAUCUUUGGCUAUAAAAAGUGACCCCAUACCAUCAGAACUAGGUAGUCUAAAAAAGAGUGCUGACAGUUUAGGUAAAUUAGAGUUACAGCAUAUUUCUUCCAUAAAUGUGGAAGAAGUUUCAGCUACUGAAGCCGCUCCCGAGGAAGCAAAGCUAUUUACAAGUCAAGAAAGUGAGACCUCACUUCAAAGUAUACGACUUUUGGAAGCCCUUCUGGCCAUUUGUCUUCAUGGUGCCAGAACUAGUCAACAGAAGAUGGAAUUGGAGUUACCUAAUCAGAACUUGUCUGUGGAAAGUAUAUUAUUUGAAAUGAGGGACCAUCUUUCCCAGUCAAAGGUGAUUGAAACACAACUAGCAAAGCCUUUAUUUGAUGCCCUGCUUCGAGUUGCCCUCGGGAAUUAUUCAGCAGAUUUUGAACAUAAUGAUGCUGUGACUGAGAAGAGUCAUCAGUCUGCAGAAGAAUUGUCAUCCCAGCCUGGUGAUUUUUCAGAAGAAGCUGAGGAUUCUCAGUGUUGUAGUUUUAAACUUUUAGUUGAAGAAGAAGGUUACGAAGCAGAUAGUGAAAGCAAUCCUGAAGAUGGCGAAACCCAGGAUGAUGGGGUAGACUUAAAGUCUGAAACAGAAGGUUUCAGUGCAUCAAGCCGUCCAAAUGACUUACUCGAAAACCUCACUCAAGGGGAAAUAAUAUAUCCUGAGAUAUGUAUGCUGGAAUUAAAUUUGCUUUCUGCUAGUAAAGCCAAACUUGAUGUGCUUGCCCAUGUAUUUGAGAGUUUUUUGAAAAUUAUUAGGCAGAAAGAAAAGAAUGUUUUUCUGCUCAUGCAACAGGGAACUGUGAAAAAUCUUUUAGGAGGGUUCUUGAGUAUUUUAACACAGGCUGAUUCUGAUUUUCAAGCAUGCCAGAGAGUAUUGGUGGAUCUUUUGGUAUCUUUGAUGAGUUCAAGAACAUGUUCAGAAGAGCUAACCCUUCUUUUGAGAAUAUUUCUGGAGAAAUCUCCUUGUACAAAAAUUCUUCUUCUGGGUAUUCUGAAAAUUAUUGAAAGUGAUACUACUAUGAGCCCUUCACAGUAUCUAACCUUCCCUUUACUGCAUGCUCCAAAUUUAAGCAACGGUGUUUCAUCACAAAAGUAUCCUGGGAUUUUAAACAGUAAGGCCAUGGGUUUAUUGAGAAGAGCACGAGUUUCACGGAGCAAGAAAGAGGCUGAUAGAGAGAGUUUUCCCCAUCGGCUGCUUUCAUCUUGGCACAUAGCCCCAGUCCACCUGCCGUUGCUGGGGCAAAACUGCUGGCCACACCUAUCAGAAGGUUUCAGUGUUUCCCUGUGGUUUAAUGUGGAGUGUAUCCAUGAAGCUGAGAGUACUACAGAAAAAGGAAAGAAGAUAAAGAAAAGAAACAAAUCAUUAAUUUUACCAGAUAGCAGUUUUGAUGGUACAGAGAGCGACAGACCAGAAGGCGCAGAGUACAUAAAUCCUGGUGAAAGACUCAUAGAAGAAGGAUGUAUUCAUAUAAUUUCACUGGGAUCCAAAGCGUUGAUGAUCCAAGUGUGGGCUGAUCCCCACAAUGCCACUCUUAUCUUUCGUGUGUGCAUGGAUUCAAAUGAUGACAUGAAAGCUGUUUUACUAGCACAGGUUGAAUCACAGGAGAAUAUUUUCCUCCCAAGCAAAUGGCAACAUUUAGUACUCACCUACUUACAGCAGCCCCAAGGGAAAAGGAGGAUUCAUGGGAAAAUCUCCAUAUGGGUCUCUGGACAGAGGAAGCCUGAUGUUACUUUGGAUUUUAUGCUUCCAAGAAAAACAAGUUUGUCAUCUGAUAGCAAUAAAACAUUUUGCAUGAUUGGCCAUUGUUUAUCAUCCCAAGAAGAGUUUUUGCAGUUGGCUGGAAAAUGGGACCUGGGAAAUUUGCUUCUCUUCAACGGAGCUAAGGUUGGUUCACAAGAGGCCUUUUAUCUGUAUGCUUGUGGACCCAACCAUACAUCUGUAAUGCCAUGUAAGUAUGGCAAGCCAGUGAAUGACUACUCCAAAUAUAUUAAUAAAGAAAUUUUGCGAUGUGAACAAAUCAGAGAACUUUUUAUGACCAAGAAAGAUGUGGAUAUUGGUCUCUUAAUUGAAAGUCUUUCAGUUGUUUAUACAACUUACUGUCCUGCUCAGUAUACCAUCUAUGAGCCAGUGAUUAGACUUAAAGGUCAAAUGAAAACCCAACUCUCUCAAAGACCCUUCAGCUCAAAAGAAGUUCAGAGCAUCUUAUUAGAAACUCAUCAUCUAAAGAAUCUCCAACCUACUGAAUAUAAAACUAUUCAAGGCAUUCUGCACGAAAUUGGUGGAACUGGCAUAUUUGUUUUUCUCUUUGCCAGGGUUGUUGAACUCAGUAGCUGUGAAGAAACUCAAGCAUUAGCACUGCGAGUUAUACUCUCAUUAAUUAAAUACAACCAACAAAGAGUACAUGAAUUAGAAAAUUGUAAUGGACUUUCUAUGAUUCAUCAGGUGUUGAUCAAACAAAAAUGCAUUGUUGGGUUUUACAUUUUGAAGACCCUUCUUGAAGGAUGCUGUGGUGAAGAUAUUAUUUGUAUGAAUGAGAAUGGAGAGUUUAAGUUGGAUGUAGACUCUAAUGCUAUAAUCCAAGAUGUUAAGCUGUUAGAGGAACUAUUGCUUGACUGGAAGAUAUGGAAUAAAGCAGAGCAAGGUGUUUGGGAAACUUUGCUAGCAGCUCUAGAAGUCCUCAUCAGAGCAGAUCACCACCAGCAGAUGUUUAAUAUUAAGCAGCUAUUGAAAGCUCAAGUGGUUCAUCACUUUCUACUGACUUGUCAGGUUUUGCAGGAAUACAAAGAGGGGCAACUCACACCCAUGCCCCGAGAGGUUUGUAGAUCAUUUGUGAAAAUUAUAGCAGAAGUCCUUGGAUCUCCUCCAGAUUUGGAAUUAUUGACAAUUAUCUUCAAUUUCCUUUUAGCAGUUCACCCUCCUACUAAUACUUACGUUUGUCACAAUCCCACGAACUUCUACUUUUCUUUGCACAUAGAUGGCAAGAUCUUUCAGGAGAAAGUACGGUCAAUCAUGUACCUGAGGCAUUCCAGCAGUGGGGGAAGGUCCCUUAUGAGCCCUGGAUUUAUGGUAAUAAGCCCAUCUGGUUUUACUGCUUCACCAUAUGAAGGAGAGAAUUCCUCUAAUAUUAUUCCACAACAGAUGGCCGCCCAUAUGCUGCGUUCUAGAAGCCUACCAGCAUUCCCUACUUCUUCACUACUAAUGCAAUCACAAAAACUGACUGGAAGUUUGGGUUGUAGUAUCGACAGGUUACAAAAUAUUGCAGAUACUUAUGUUGCCACCCAAUCAAAGAAACAAAAUUCUUUGGGGAGUUCCGACACACUGAAAAAAGGCAAAGAGGAUGCAUUCAUCAGUAGCUGUGAGUCUGCAAAAACUGUUUGUGAAAUGGAAGCUGUCCUCUCAGCCCAGGUCUCUGUCAGUGAUGUCCCAAAGGGAGUGCUGGGAUUUCCAGUGGUCAAAGCAGAUCAUAAAGAGUUGGGAGCAGAACCCAGGUCAGAAGAUGACAGUCCUGGGGAUGAGUCCUGCCCAUGCCGACCUGAUUACCUAAAGGGAUUGGCCUCCUUCCAGCGAAGCCACAGCACUAUUGCAAGCCUUGGGCUAGCUUUUCCUUCACAGAACGGAUCUGCAGCUGUUGGCCGUUGGCCAAGUCUUGUUGAUAGAAACACUGAUGAUUGGGAAAACUUUGCCUAUUCUCUUGGUUAUGAGCCAAAUUACAACCGAACUGCAAGUGCUCACAGUGUAACUGAAGACUGUUUGGUACCUAUAUGCUGUGGAUUAUAUGAACUCCUAAGUGGGGUUCUUCUUAUCCUGCCUGAUGUUUUGCUUGAAGAUGUGAUGGACAAGCUUAUUCAAGCAGAUACACUUUUGGUCCUCAUUAACCACCCAUCACCAGCUAUACAACAAGGUGUUAUUAAACUAUUAGAUGCAUAUUUUGCUAGAGCAUCUAAGGAACAAAAAGAUAAAUUUCUGAAGAAUCGUGGAUUUUCCUUGCUAGCCAACCAGUUGUAUCUUCAUCGAGGAACUCAAGAAUUGUUAGAAUGCUUCAUCGAAAUGUUCUUUGGUCGACAUAUUGGCCUUGAUGAAGAAUUUGAUCUGGAAGAUGUGAGAAACAUGGGAUUGUUUCAGAAGUGGUCUGUCAUUCCUAUUCUGGGACUAAUAGAGACCUCUCUAUAUGACAACAUACUCUUGCAUAAUGCUCUUUUACUUCUUCUCCAAAUUUUAAAUUCUUGUUCUAAGGUAGCAGAUAUGUUGCUGGAUAAUGGUCUGCUCUAUGUGUUAUGUAAUACAGUAGCAGCCCUGAAUGGAUUAGAAAAGAACAUUCCCGUGAGUGAAUAUAAAUUGCUUGCUUGUGAUAUACAGCAACUUUUCAUAGCAGUUACAAUUCAUGCUUGCAGUUCCUCAGGCUCACAAUAUUUUAGGGUUAUUGAAGACCUUAUUGUGAUGCUUGGAUAUCUUCAAAAUAGCAAAAACAAGAGGACACAAAAUAUGGCAGUUGCACUACAGCUUAGAGUUCUCCAGGCUGCUAUGGAAUUUAUAAGGACCACCGCAAAUCAUGACUCUGAAAACCUCACAGAUUCACUCCAGUCACCUUCUGCUCCCCAUCAUGCAAUAGUUCAAAAGCGGAAAAGCAUUGCUGGUUCAAUUCCAAUGAAGGGUUCCAUUAUUCCUCAUCUACCAAGACAUCAUUUUGGUUCCUAUGGUCAACUUCCGAUGCCCUUCUCCUUCAGUCCAUUAAAUCAAGACUCAUCCCCCCAGUUUUCUCCUGGAUGCACUACCUGUGUUGUACCUCCUGGAGCAGGUCCUCGAAAAUUUCCCCUUGCUCAAACUGAAUCGCUUCUGAUGAAAAUGCGUUCAGUGGCAAAUGAUGAGCUUCAUGUGAUGAUGCAACGGAGAAUGAGCCAGGAGAACCCUAGCCAAGCAACUGAAACGGAACUUGCACAGAGACUACAGAGGCUCACUGUUUUAGCAGUCAACAGGAUUAUUUAUCAAGAAUUUAAUUCAGACAUUAUUGACAUUUUGAGAACUCCAGAAAAUGUAACUCAAAGCAAGACCUCAGUUUUCCAGACUGAAAUUUCUGAGGAAAAUAUUCAUCAUGAACCGUCUUCUGUUUUCAAUCCGUUUCAGAAAGAAAUUUUUACAUAUCUGGUAGAAGGAUUCAAAGUAUCUAUUGGUUCAAGUAAAGCCAGUGGUUCCAAGCAGCAAUGGACUAAAAUUCUGUGGUCUUGUAAGGAGACCUUCCGAAUGCAGCUUGGGAGACUACUAGUGCAUAUUUUGUCGCCAGCCCACACUGCACAAGAGAGAAAGCAAAUUUUUGAAAUAGUUCAUGAACCAAAUCAUCAGGAAAUACUACGAGACUGUCUCAGCCCAUCCCUACAACAUGGAGCCAAGUUAGUUUUGUAUUUGUCAGAGUUGAUACAUAAUCACCAAGAUGAAUUGACUGAAGAAGAGCUAGACACAGCAGAACUGCUUAUGAAUGCUUUGAAGUUAUGUGGUCACAAGUGCAUCCCUCCCAGUGCAUCAACAAAAGCAGACCUUAUUAAAAUGAUCAAAGAGGAACAAAAGAAAUAUGAAACUGAAGAAGGAGCGAAUAAAGCUGCUUGGCAGAAAACAGUUAACAAUAAUCAACAAAGUCUCUUUCAGCGUCUGGAUUCAAAAUCAAAGGAUAUAUCUAAAAUAGCUGCAGAUAUCACCCAGGCAGUGUCUCUCUCCCAAGGAAAUGAGAGAAAAAAGGUGAUCCAGCAUAUUAGAGGAAUGUAUAAAGUAGAUUUGAGUGCCAGCAGACAUUGGCAGGAACUUAUUCAGCAACUGACACAUGAUAGAGCAGUAUGGUAUGACCCCAUCUACUAUCCAACCUCAUGGCAGUUGGAUCCAACAGAAGGGCCAAAUCGAGAGAGGAGACGUUUACAGAGAUGUUAUUUAACUAUUCCAAAUAAGUAUCUCCUUAGGGAUAGACAGAAAUCAGAAGAUGUUGUCAAACCACCACUCUCUUACCUGUUUGAAGACAAAACUCAUUCUUCUUUCUCUUCUACUGUCAAAGACAAAGCUGCAAGUGAAUCUAUAAGAGUGAAUCGAAGAUGCAUCAGUGUUGCACCAUCUAGAGAGACAGCUGGUGAAUUGUUACUAGGUAAAUGUGGAAUGUAUUUUGUGGAAGAUAAUGCUUCUGAUACAGUUGAAAGUUCGAGCCUUCAGGGAGAGUUGGAACCAGCAUCAUUUUCCUGGACAUAUGAAGAAAUUAAAGAAGUUCACAAGCGUUGGUGGCAAUUGAGAGAUAAUGCUGUAGAAAUCUUUCUAACAAAUGGCAGAACACUCCUGUUGGCAUUUGAUAACACCAAGGUUCGUGAUGAUGUAUACCACAAUAUACUCACAAAUAACCUCCCUAAUCUUCUGGAAUAUGGUAACAUCACCGCUCUGACAAAUUUAUGGUAUACUGGGCAAAUUACUAAUUUUGAAUAUUUGACUCACUUAAACAAACAUGCUGGCCGAUCCUUCAAUGAUCUCAUGCAGUAUCCUGUGUUCCCAUUUAUACUUGCUGACUACGUUAGUGAGACACUUGACCUCAGUGAUCCGUUGAUAUACAGAAAUCUCUCUAAGCCUAUAGCUGUUCAGUAUAAAGAAAAAGAAGAUCGUUAUGUGGACACAUACAAGUACUUGGAGGAAGAGUACCGCAAAGGAGCCAGAGAAGAUGACCCCAUGCCUCCCGUGCAGCCCUAUCACUAUGGCUCCCACUAUUCCAACAGCGGCACUGUGCUUCACUUCCUGGUCAGGAUGCCUCCUUUCACUAAAAUGUUUUUAGCCUAUCAAGAUCAAAGUUUUGACAUUCCAGACAGAACUUUUCAUUCUACAAAUACAACUUGGCGACUCUCAUCUUUUGAAUCUAUGACUGACGUGAAAGAACUUAUCCCAGAGUUUUUCUAUCUUCCAGAGUUCCUAGUUAACCGUGAAGGUUUUGAUUUUGGUGUGCGUCAGAAUGGUGAACGGGUUAAUCACGUCAACCUUCCCCCUUGGGCACGUAAUGAUCCUCGUCUUUUUAUCCUCAUCCAUCGGCAGGCUCUAGAGUCUGACUACGUGUCGCAGAACAUCUGUCAGUGGAUUGACUUGGUGUUUGGGUAUAAGCAAAAGGGGAAGGCUUCUGUUCAAGCGAUCAAUGUUUUUCAUCCUGCUACAUAUUUUGGAAUGGAUGUCUCUGCAGUUGAAGAUCCAGUUCAGAGACGAGCGCUAGAAACCAUGAUAAAAACCUACGGGCAGACUCCCCGUCAGCUGUUCCACAUGGCCCAUGUGAGCAGACCUGGAGCCAAGCUCAGUAUUGAAGGAGAGCUUCCAGCUGCUGUGGGGUUGCUAGUGCAGUUUGCUUUCAGGGAGACCCGAGAACAGGUCAAAGAAAUCACCUAUCCGAGUCCUUUGUCAUGGAUAAAAGGCUUGAAAUGGGGGGAAUACGUGGGUUCCCCCAGUGCUCCAGUACCUGUGAUCUGCUUCAGCCAGCCCCACGGAGAAAGAUUUGGCUCUCUCCAGGCUCUGCCCACCAGAGCAAUCUGUGGUUUGUCACGGAAUUUCUGUCUUCUGAUGACAUAUAGCAAGGAACAAGGUGUGAGAAGCAUGAACAGUACGGACAUUCAGUGGUCAGCCAUCCUGAGCUGGGGAUAUGCUGAUAAUAUUUUAAGGUUGAAGAGUAAACAAAGUGAGCCUCCAGUAAACUUCAUUCAAAGUUCACAACAGUACCAGGUGACUAGUUGUGCUUGGGUGCCUGACAGUUGCCAGCUGUUUACUGGAAGCAAAUGCGGUGUCAUCACAGCCUACGCAAACAGACUUACAAGCAGCACGCCAUCAGAAAUAGAAAUGGAGACUCAAAUACAUCUCUAUGGUCACACAGAAGAGAUAACCAGCUUAUUUGUUUGCAAACCAUACAGUAUACUGAUAAGUGUGAGCAGAGACGGAACCUGCAUCAUAUGGGAUUUAAACAGGUUAUGCUAUGUACAAAGUCUGGCGGGACACAAAAGCCCUGUCACAGCUGUCUCUGCCAGUGAAACCUCAGGUGAUAUUGCUACUGUGUGUGAUUCAGCUGGCGGAGGCAGUGACCUCAGACUCUGGACGGUGAACGGGGAUCUCGUUGGACAUGUCCACUGCAGGGAGAUCAUCUGUUCCGUGGCUUUCUCCAACCAGCCUGAGGGAAUAUCUAUCAAUGUAAUCGCUGGGGGAUUAGAAAAUGGAAUUGUAAGGUUAUGGAGCACAUGGGACUUAAAGCCUGUGAGAGAAAUUACAUUUCCCAAAUCAAAUAAGCCCAUCAUCAGCCUUACAUUUUCUUGUGAUGGCCACCAUUUGUACACAGCAAACAGUGAUGGGACCGUGAUUGCCUGGUGUCGGAAGGACCAGCAGCGCUUGAAACAGCCAAUGUUCUAUUCCUUCCUUAGCAGCUAUGCAGCCGGGUGAAUGCGAAUGAACUUCACGUUCUCCAAAGCACUUUAACUCCAAACUAGAUUUGUUGACUUCACCAGUUUUAGGAGGUUGAACCUAAAGAAAUGGAUGACUGGACAAACCAUCCAAAUAAUGAUAAAGUCUAUUCAUCUGCACAAAAUUCUGGAGAGUCACAUGAUCCUAAGAGGAAAGUUCUGUUCUAUUUUACUGAUAAUCUGGAAGAUUGUGUCAAUAUGCACUAGCCAACAAGUUUUAAGCCUCGCAUGGUACAUUAAAAUGAUAUUCUUAAAAUUUUUUCCCACCAAGGUAUUCCAAAGAAAAUAUUAAGGUCUCCCCUUUUUCUAUGAUUCCAAAAGGAUCAGUAGAAUUUAAAUUGGUUGGUUAAUUGUUUAUAUAAAACACACUAAAAUUAUAUUUUAAAAGUUUUCUGCCAUGAAAUACUCCUCCCACCACACACACAUGCUCCAAAAGAGGAAAGAAAAAAAGAUAAUUUUUAGGACUUGAUAAUUGCUUUCUUUGAGAAGCAAAUUAUUCAGUAGGUGCCUCUGUACCAAAUAUUUUAUGGAAUAUCUAAAUACUAAAAUAAACUAUGAAUGAAUCUCAAAAUUAGGCAGUUUUUGCCAGUUGCCUUCUUAGCUCAAAGGAGAACCAGAAUUUUUUUGACAGCCACAAACAAGAAUACAGGUAUCUUGGAUUUCAGACACAUUCUGUUUCUUCAUAAAAAUUUUACUUAAAAUCUGUAACGCUAGAUAUUGACUAUCCUUAGUUGAGUCACUGAGGUUUAAACACAAUGGUAAGUCUUAAAGUCUGCUAUUUACAGAGCAUUGAAUCUGUACCAAUUUGCAAUAGAAAGCCUUCAGUAUGCAAGAAGUUUGCAUGGGUAUUAAGAACACAGCCUAAAUAAGGCAUUUGAUCUAAUCUGCAGGAAGAAUUUUCUUCCCCAAAACAGAAUUAUAAAAGCUUACUUUAAACAGGAAGCAGAAUAAUUCUUUUAGGAAACCAUUUCAUUCUGUUUCUACUAACCUAUACCAUCUGAGAAUUCUAGGAAGAAUAAUAAAAUCUCGUGUAUUCCACAGCAAACUUACAUACCAUAAAGACAGAAUUCCUAAACAUCUUGGAGCCGUCUGUCUCUCCCAUAUGAUGGCUGUCUGUAUAUUUUUACUUGGGGUGCUGCUUUAUUGGCUUUGAAAACACUGUCAGAUAAGCUCAGUAAUAUGUUACCAUGGGAUAAAAAUAUGUAUCCCUGCCUAAGAAUAACUUGUGCAUUUGUUAUGGAAAUUUAAUUCAUAUGGUGUUUACAGUACUACUUUUGUAACUUCCAGACUUUCUAAAACAUUCUGCUUAAAAACCAUAUAAAAUAUAAUUCCAAAGUCUCUGCUGUCAAGAUAGAUUCGAGAGAAAGCAAGUGGCCAUGUAUGCUUUAACCUUAAACUGCAUACACAUGUAGUGAUACCUAGGCUGCAUUUAGAUCACCGUGUGCUCAGGCCAGGUGUGAAUCCUGAGGUCCAUGGAGGUGCAGAGAUGAGAUUACUCCUAUUCACGUUGAAGUGAUUUGCUUUGUUAACAAAAAGUUGCAGCUAUUGUCUAGCUUUCAUUUUUUUACUGAGAACUUUAAAUUAGUCCCCUAUUAGAAUAGGGUUGCUACUCAUCUUUUUUUAAAAACCGAAUUUCAUCAUUUAUCUAAAGAGAAAAUAUGCAGAAUAACUGGUCUUGUUAAGAGUGCAAUAUUAUAUUUUUAUGUAAAAAUAAAAAUUAAUUUGGGGGGAUUAUUUAUUCAGCAUGAAACCUAAUAUGUAUAUGUUUGAAAUACUUCAUAAUGUGCAUGUUGUAGCAAACAUUUCUGUAAAUUAUCACAAGCUCUGUUACCUUUAUAUACACUGCCUCUUCAAUUUGGAAAUAAAUUUCAUAAAAAUAGA